AUGCAACCGAAAUUGUGGUUUUUGUGGAUUUUUUGCGCCAUUUUGUGGGGCGCAGUUGCGAGUUUCGAUAAGUUAACUUUGAGCAAGGAUAAGAAUACGAGAUUGAAUCAGAAGGUGAGUAAUAGGGGAAAUAUGGUGAGAUUUUUGGGAGCCUUGGGGUUCAGUGGGUAGGGAAAAUAUGUUAUGAUUUUUGAGAACCCCUAGUUUCUGUAGGUAGGAAAAGUAUGGUGAGAUUUCCAACAGCCCUUAAUGUUCUGUAGGUAGGGAAAGUAUGUGAGUAUUUUUGACAACCUCAAACACUGCUCUCAAUUUCAACCCAAAAAUUCAGGCUGUCAAAAAUCACACUUCCCAACUCCUACAUUUUCGAAAGUAGGAAAAUUAUGUCAGGAUUUUUGACAGCCUCUUCUAGAAUUGCAAUUUUCUCCCAAGAAUCUGCAAGUAGGCAAAAUCCAACAUGAUUUCUUACAGCACCCAAUUUCACGCCGUGUUCUUCGUUUCGAACGUGCCAUUUCAUACGCCGACUAUUUUCCACAACCCUCCGAAAUUCCGAUUGAUUUCGCAAAAAUUCGAUCGUAAGUUUUCUCGUGGCCUAGUUAUUGCGAACUCGGCCGCGGCCUAGAAAACCAAAUGUAUUUCCAGAGAACUUCCAAUCAAAACCAAAGAUUCGGAUUAUAUGCCAGAAUUGGAUUUCUAA